ACUGAUCUAGGGGAUGGAAAGAAAGCAUGGGUUAUGAAAAUCAUUUUUAGAGGAUAAAUAGACAGGACUUGGACAAUGAGGUAGAAGAUUGCCAUGUUUUCAAACCUCAAGUGCCUGAAGGAAAAUUGAUUUACAAUGUUCGAUUUGGCUUGAUACAGAAAUAUUCAUAUAGCAGUUACUAAGUAAAUAGAAAUGCUGUCAGUGUUUGGUGGAACCUAAUAGACCUCUGAUAAUAUUUUGUGAAUAUCCUUUGAUUAAAUAACUUAGAGAUCCCUUCACCUUCUGGGUCCCAAGUUUUUUAGGUAAUUUUCUUUUGUCCAAAUUAUUUAUGGAAAGUUACCAUGCAAAGUUACCAUGCUAUACACACACUAAAUCUUUUUCAAUAACUUGGCAAAUGACAUUUUAAAAUUUAGGGCUGUGAACUUGACGGCUUAAUGUGCAAAGGGAGUGGGGGAAGCUUUUUGUUUGCAUAUGUUAAAAGACCUUAAAAUUAUGUGUGUUUUUUUAAGAAGCUUUUCAUCAUUCAACAGUUAGGAACAAGAAAUAUAAAAAAAUUUGGUGAUCACCUUCAGAUCCUGUAUAUUUUAAAGUGGAUGUUUCUCAUGAAACAUUGGAAAGCAUGUCAGAAGCGGAUGCCAUGAAUUUCACCAGUUUUUCUCAAGAUUUAACUCAUUCAAAUUCUCUCUUCUAUAUGGAAACCAGCAAUACUACUUCAGACUUGCCUCAGAAUGAAAUAAAAAAUGUAAAAAAGGAAAAUGAGUCUAAAGAAGAAAUUUAUAGCACACUAGAUGAUGUGUUAGGUGAUGUCAACAGUGGAAAUUAUUCACAGUAUACGCUAACUCGGCCUAUUGACAUCAGCAUUUCUUCAUUCAGACAAUGUGAAACCGUUUUCACAUAUCAUCAGACAAAAGCAUUUAAUGAUAAAAUGCUAACAUUUCAAAAUCUGAUAAGCAACUUACCUUACACAGAGAAGCCAGAAUUGCAAAAUCACGUAUAUAACUAUGCAAAAGACAACAAUAUUAAGGAAGAUUCAUUUAAAGAAGAAAAUCCAGUAGAAACUAAUACUUCCACUAAUGAAGACCAUGAUCAUGAAUGUGUCUGGCAACCUCCUAGAAGCCCAUCUGUAAUCCACUGCAGUAAAGAGAGACUGGAAUUCAUGGAAAUGCCACUGGUUGAAAAUGUUACCAAAGAAUCUACCCUCAACUCCAGUCAAUCUGAAAAUUUCUUGUGUAAGGAAUAUUUAUACAAUGAUGUUGAAAAGCCAUUUUAUCAAGAGGAUAUCUUUAACCUGCAUGAUUUGAGAGCUAAUUAUAAAACAAAGAAGGUUUCAGUUUCUUCAAACGAGAUACAGUAUCCUGGGGAGAUUUCUAAGAUGUCAGUCAGUCACCAAAGGGAAGUCACAGUGGAGGACAUGGAAAGUCCAGAGAUUGUGUCAAGUCAUUCUCCUGCUGCCAUGUCUUGGAGUUGUGGAGCAUCUUGGGAGGAUGGCAAAACACAUGACACAGAGCAAGACUUGGAAUGCUUACAAACUCUAGAAGAAGAUAUGGCUUUAAAUGAAGCCUUACAGAAAUUAAAGCAUACUAACAAAAAACAGCAAACUCUGAUCCAAAACUUGCAGUAUAUUAACAUGUAUUUAGAGAAGAAGGUUGAAGAACUACAGGCAAAGACUGACAAGCAGCAAGUGUUCGUUGGCAUCAUAGAUAAGCUAAAGGAGAAUAUUGAAGCAUUAAUUGAAGACAAAUACAGAGUAAGGCUAGAGAAGAAUGAAACUGACAAGACUUUGCAGAAUUUACAUGACGUUUUAAUUAACACCCAAAAACAUCUUCAGGAAUCUAAGAAAGAAAAGGAAAGCUUACAGGUAGAGCUUAAGAGGAUCAAGGGAAAUUAUGUUCAUCUACAGGAGAGGUAUAUAACUGAAAAGCAAGAAAAAAACAAAAUUGUUAGUCAGUACACAGAGGUGAGCAAAGCCUUAAGUGAGAAAGAAGAAGAGGUGGAGAGGCUGCAGCAACUCAAAGGAGAAUUGGAAAAUGCCUCCUCUUCUGCUUUGGACUUAUUGAAAAGGGAAAAAGAGACCCGAGAACAAGAGUUCCUGUCUUUACAGGAAGAAUUUCAGAACCAUGAAAAGGAACACUUGGAAGAAAGACAGAAACUGAAAUGUAGACUUGAGAAAGUGGUAGCUCAAUUUAAAAAUGUGCAACUCAUAUCUGAAAGUGAAAGGGCUAAGAACACAAAACUUCAGCAGCAAAUCAACGAAGUAAAAAAUGAAAAUGCAAAACUACAGCAGCAGGUUGCGAGGAGUGAGGAGCAAAAUUGUGUCCCUAAAUUUGAGGUAGCUCAGUUAAAGGAGCACUUGGAGACAGUAAUGAAGUCAGAUAUCACAAAGGAUGUGAAGGUAAUACAUUCUAAUUGCUCACCUUGUGAAGAAGAGAGCCCAAAUCUCCCUGAUGUGAAAACAACUUCUCAACUGGCUUUCAAAAUUCACUAUCUUCUGGCUCUAAUGGCAAGACUUCUUGCAUGCCAGGAUAUCAGCAAUCCAGAUGCAGAACAUUUCAAAGAGAGUGAGAAAGUUAGUGAUACAAUGCUGCAAAAAUUGAAGAACUUUCAACUUAAAAAGAAAAAUUUGGAUGAAGAGCUACAGAAACAUAAAGAAAGAAUUGCAACUUUUAGAGACUUAAUUGCUAAUGAAAAAGCAUUUCAAGAUCAGGUUAUUAACGUUACAGACUUUGAUUCAAAUGAAACCAAGAAUGUCAGAGAUCCUACCUUAAUGGGAGCCAAACUGGAUAAAUACCACAGUCUAAAUGAAGAGCUUAAUAUCUUGAUUGCAAAAUUGGGAAAUCUUCUAGAGUCAAAAGAAGACCACUGCAUCAGACUCAUUGAAGAAAAUGACAAGUAUCAAAAACAUCUAGGCAACUUAAUAAAAAAGGUUACAUCAUAUGAAGAAAUAAUUGAAUGUGCUGACCAACGGCUCAAGAUAUCUCACUCCCAGAUUGCACAUUUAGAAGAGAGAAAUAAACAUCUGGAAGAUCUAAUUAGGAGGCCCAAAGAUAAAGCCAGAAAACCAAGACCAAGAAGAUUAGAAAAUCAUCUAAAAUCCAUGACUGAGAUGUCAGAUAUUUCAGAAGGACAUGGAAAUGAUAUAGAUUAAACAGGACUGAAGAGUAAACAUUAAUCAUUUUGUCAACCACUCCAGGAGCAGAGUCCUACUAAGCAUAGUAUCCUAAUCAAUCCAUUCAAAUGAUACAUUAAAAUUGUAUAAACAAUGAAAUUUUACAUUGCAAAAAAUGUGAUUAUUUUCUAAUUUUAUCCUGUAAACAAUCAAACAUAUUCUACUUUAAUAAAAACAGAUGAAUACAAUGGCUGAUUUUC